UUGCAUAGUGAAAGUAUAGUCUUCGAGGCAGCGUGGGCCUUAACGAACAUAGCGUCUGGUGACUCUAAACACACUAAAGGUGUAGUGGACUCUGGUGCCGUUCCUAAGCUGAUAGCUCUUCUGGACAGGAAAGACGUCAGUAUUGCGGAACAAAGUGUAUGGGCCCUUGGAAACAUAGCCGGCGAUGGGUCCGCAUAUCGUGAUCUUCUCAUCCGUAGUGAAGUGGUUCCCCCUGUAAUACGCCUACUAAAUCGAACUUGGGAGGUGCCAUCAGUGGUGUCUAAUAUAGCAUGGAUGCUCUCUAACCUGUGCAGAAAUCGCGAUCCUCCGCCGCCUAAGGGAACUAUUUGCAUGAUACUUCCGAUCCUUCACAAGCUUUUGCUAUAUGAGGGCAAUCCCGAUGUUGUCGCUGACACGGCUUGGGCGAUUUCAUACGCAAGUGAUGCUGCGAACGACCUCAUUGAUACAAUACUUGCAUGCGGUUGUGUAGUACCCUUACUUAAGCUUCUUGCUUCGAACGCGCCCACUCUAAUUCCACCAGCACUACGAGCUAUUGGAAACUUGGUGAUUGGAAACGAUGAGCAAACCCAGAAAGUUCUCGACUUUGGAUUGCUCGACUACAUCCCUGCUCUUCUUAAUAAUGAAAAGUCGUCUAUCGUUAAGGAGUCUUGCUGGAUGAUAAGCAACAUAGCUGCAGGCAAUGUGUCCCAAAUUCAGAGUCUAGUUAACCACAAUAUCUUACCUGUGGUCCUUGAAUUGAUGCAUAAGGGUGAGUUUAGAGUCCAAAAGGAGGCUUGCUGGGUUGUCAGCAACAUGAUUACAGGUGGUUCCUCCGAGCAAUGUGCUUAUUUACUCAAUCAGGGGGUUCUUCCUGCCCUAAGCAACCUCUUAUCUGCAAAUGACUCAAAAAUAGUCAUAAUGGUGCUGGAAUCCCUGAGCAAGCUUUUUUCAGUCUCGGAAGAGUUUGAUCAACUCGAGCAAUGCUGUCUGGCUCUUGAAACAUGUGGAGGAUUGGAUAAACUUGAGCAACUUCAAGACCAUUCAAACGAACAAGUGUACAACCUCGCAUACCGAUUCAUAGAAAAAUUCUUUAACGAUAAUGUAAGAAUAAUUUUUCAUAAUUUCGCUCAGGAUAAUGCCACCGGAUCCAAGGAUGACACCAACCCACAAGAAUUUAACUUUUCAAGUCAGCAGGAAAGCGCACCAACAGAAAAGGAGGGGUUCAAUUUCUAA